AUGAUUUGCAAAAAGGAAGACUUUGUUGACAACGAGUAUUACGCUUAUAAUCUUAUAUUAUUUAGACUCCUUGGAUUAUGGGAUUAUCAGACAUCGUCAUGGAAACUGACUUACGUUUGUUAUAUUAAUAUUUUCUUAAUUAUUGGAUUAUCUGAAGAGAUUUAUGUACUAUUUUCGUCAAAACGAAAAAUAGGCAUCUACGUUAAAUUAAUGGAAAUUAUUUUGCCUACUUUAUGCUUUGGAUGUUGUUAUUACAAUCUGCUCAGGAAUGGUGCAAUUAUGAAGAAAAUUCUUAAUCGUAUCAAAUGCGACUGGGAUAACAUAACGAAUCCACCGGAAUUGGAGAUAUUGAAAAAAUAUGCCUAUUUAAGCAGAAAGAUCUGUUUCUAUCUGUAUAUUGUCAUGUUGGUGUUCCCAUCUUGGUUAAGUAACUUUCAAUAUAUUUUCGGUGCAAUAGAUAGAACAGAAUUGAUGUUACCAAUGCGUUUUGAUUUUUAUAUGAAAAGUCAAAUGCGUUACUAUUUUCAACUUUCUCUUCAAUGCCAAAAUAUAUUCAUCUUUUGCACUGUAGGAGUUGCAAACUAUUCUAUGUUUGUAGCAGUUAUACAGCACGCUUGUGCACUAUUUAAUAUCGUCGAAUUGAGGGUAAAUGAAAGAUUUAAAAAAGAACCAAAUUAUUUCUGCUGUGCCGAUAAUAAUGCCGAAUUGGCAAAGGAAAACGAGUGGAUGAUCGAUAUCAUAGUAUUUUAUAAUAACGCAAAUGAAUUUGUUAAUUUGAUUAAACUAUUUUACGAGAAAGUGAAUCUGUUCGAGGUAUUAUUGGCAUCGAUUUUUAUCAUCUGUCAAAUUCCGUUUUAUUCGUUAUCAUUGAAAACCCAAAGAAUGUUACUUUUUUUCUUAAUGAAGGGCAUGAGAUUAUACAAUUUAUCUGUGGAGGGUGUAAAGGAUAUAUCCCAUGAUCUGUUUGCCUCGGUAAUUGAUUUUGAAGACGUAAAUAUAUGUAGUCUAUGA